CAUUGAGAUCGCAAUUUGCUUUCCAUGAGAUUAAAAUGGACCGCUACAUUUCCCGUGCAGCCACGCUGGCCUCAGAAGCCAGCAAGUUCUCCAAGCGCCUAACUCAAGAAAUUGUUGAAAGGUCGCGGGAGGUUGGGCUGCCGGGACAUUUAUAUGACACUUCGGAAGAGAAGUACAAGGACAUUCGGACACAUUUGGAUUCAAAGUUUGAUAAGGAAAAGAUUGAUGGGUUGAAAAGACUCAUUGCGAUGAUGUCCAAAGGACGGGACGUCAAAGAGUUUUUUCCAGAUGUAGUAAAACUCGUCGCGUCAAGCUCGUUUGAAGUGCGGAAGCUCGUCUAUAUCUAUCUCCUCCGAUAUGCAGAACAAGAGCCCGAUCUGGCAUUACUUUCCGUGAAUACGUUUCAGAAAGAUCUGACGGAUCGGAAUCCAUUGAUCAGGGCGAUGGCGCUAAGGGUUAUGUCGAGUAUACGAGUGCAAGUGAUUGCCCCGAUAAUCAUGUUGGCCCUCCGAAAGGCAACAACGGACCUUUCACCCUAUGUCCGUAAAGCUGCGGCAAACGCUAUCCCAAAGUCCUACAGCCUAGACCCAACUCAAAAACCGCAGCUUAUAGAACUCAUUCAAACGCUCCUACAAGACAAUUCCACCCUUGUUCUCGGCAGCGUCAUAUCAAGCUUGGCCCAGAUCUGCCCGGAAUCACUCGAUAUGAUCCACAAACACUAUCGCAAAUUAUGCCGAUUACUUGUUGACACGGAUGAGUGGGGCCAGAUUGCUAUUCUGGAAAUUUUGGGGCGAUAUGCACGAACGUGGUUUUUGGAGCCGAAAGGUGUCGCGCUUACUCCAGCGAAGAAAGCAAAGGACUUUUAUGCGGAGGAUGAGGACGACAAAGAGGUGGAAAUGAUAGAGCGGACGGUAUUAGGAAAGAACGAACCUUUGGAUCCGGAUCAUGAACUGCUGCUCAAAUCUUGUUUGCCGCUCCUAAAUAGUCGCAAUACUUCUGUCGUUCUGACUACUACCAAACUCCUGUUCGCCCUCGCUCCCGUUACCUACUAUCCACCCGCAGCCAAGUCCUUAAUCCGUCUCCUCCGCACCUCUCGCGAGGAACGUUACAUUGUCCUCCUCAAUAUAUGCACACUCGUCCAAACACAUGCUGACCUCUUUCGCCCGUACCUGACACAUUUUUUUGUAUUCGGAGGCGAAUCUCGGUUUAUCCGCAAUGUCAAGGUGGAGAUUUUGGGACUUAUUGCUGAUGAAGGAUGUGUUGGGAGAGUCCUGAAGGAGUUCGGAGAGUACGUUAGAAUGGAGGGCGACAUCGUCGUUGAGACUGUCAAGGCUAUGGGACGGUUAUGUGUGCGAUUGCCGGAUGUUGCAGAGCAGUGUUUACGGGUUUUGAUGGGUUUGGUAUCGAACAACGAUGAGAACAUUGUAGCCGAAUCCGUCAUUGUCAUCCGCCGCCUCCUCCAACUCACACCUCCUGCCCAAAACACCCGCACCAUUAGCCAUCUGUCCAAAUCCCUGGACCAAAUCACAUCCCCCCAAGCCCGAGCCUCCAUUCUAUGGCUAAUAGGCCAGUACGUGGAGUCUGUCCCAACUAUUGCACCCGAUACCCUCCGGAAGUGCGCCAAAACAUUCCCCAAAGAAUCCGAAAUUGUUAAGCUCCAGAUCCUCAGUCUGGGAUGCAAACUUGCGUGCGUGGAUAAGAGAGAUGUGUGCAUAGCGUUGGUGAAGUAUGUUUUGGAGUUGGCAAAGUUUGAUGCGGAUUGGGAUGUGCGAGACCGGGCAAGAUUUCUGAAAGGCAUUGUCUUUGGUGACGGGAUGAGAGAUGUGAAAAGAAUUUUGUUGUGUGAGAAGGCUGUUGGCGUCCCAACGAGUUCUUUUGCCGCUCGACAAGAAUACACUCUUGGCACCCUUUCACAUACCCUCUGCCAAUCCGUCAAAAACUACACCCCUCUACCGGACUGGCCCCUGACUCGCACUCCCGAAAUGACACAAGCAGGAACAGAACGAUCCGUGGAUGAAUCCGCGAAAUGGAGUCGAGAUCGUGUCGUAUCUUCUGCGCCCACUGUGGUUGUUGGAAGAAAUACUGGAAGAAAAGUCAAGAAGCGAAUGGUUAGUUUGGAGGAAUUCUAUAAUGAAAGUGAGAGUAGCAGCGAGGAGGAGAGCGUGAGCGAGAUAGAGGAGGAAAGUGAGGAUGAAAGUGAGGAAGAAGAGGAGGAGGAUAGUCUGGAGGAAGACGACGAUGAUGACCAAGACGAAGACGAAGACGAGGAAGAUGAGGAGGAGGAGGAGGAGGAGGAAGAGGAAGAGGAGGCAGAUGGGAUGCCAGGACCCAGUGGGUCACGUGUACCAUAGGAGUAAUCGUAUUACGUAAUAUCCACGUGAGCAUGGUCUCUCAGCGAAAGCUGCCACAGAUCAUUGCAGAGCUUUUGUCGCCGAUCACAAUGAAUUCCACAGCUUCCAAAGGCGACCCAAACGUAACUCAACCCAAACCUCUGCCAGUGCCACGCACCAACACCCUUCCAACGACAAUAUCUGGCGGCGGUGGUAGUGGGGUGUGUCCCGAUUGCUGUUCCAGUUGCUGCGGAAAUGAGUGCAUGCGAUGUUGCAAUACUGUUUCUGGACCGUGUGCUGUGCUGUGUUGCGCUGGUGUGUUUGGUGGUGUGAGGGGAGGUACUUGAGGGCAGUCGAUAGAGUAGUAUGUACAUAGUAUAGCAUGUCAGCUGAAACGUGAGUCAAGCAUUACGCAAGUUUUUCUACCAACGGGCGGGGAAUGAGGAUACUCCUGGGUGAGGGAGUCCGGAAGAAAUUUGUACGACGAUUAUGCCACGAUAGUGAGCUGGAUACGAAUGGUUCAUCUUUAGAAGCGUUGACAUAGUGAGGUGUGGGUGAAUAUCCGUGAGUUCCAAUAUGAUGUCACUGUCCUUUAGCCCCUUCGUCAGAAAGCAAG